AGGGAAACAUAGUCAAAUGGCUGAAGAAGGAAGGUGAGGCAGUGGCAGCCGGUGAUGCCAUUUGUGAGAUUGAGACUGACAAGGCUGUUGUUACCCUGGAAUCUAACGAUGACGGUAUCAUGGCAAAGAUAUUGAUGGAGGAAGGAAGUCGCAAUGUGCGCCUGGGCACUCUCAUUGCCCUCAUGGUGGAGGAAGGGCAGGACUGGAAGCAGGUUGAGAUUCCCGCUCCAGAUGCUGCUGCUUCAUCUGUAUCUCCACCUGCUACAGAUUCAGACGCUGCCCCAGUUGUGUCCCCUCCUGCAGCCGUUCCAGCUACUCUACCAAAACCAGCCACGUCAGGACCGUUACGUCUUAGUCCAGCAGCAAGACAUAUCCUGGACACCCAUGGUAUAGACCCAAAAUUGGCUACACCCACUGGACCAAGAGGACUUAUCACCAAGGAAGAUGCAUUAAAUCUCUUGAAGACAUCCCCUGCCCCAAAAGCAUCCCCAGCCACGGCUGCCCCAGCUGCCCUGAGUCCUGUCCUCAGCCCGGCAGCUGCCCCUCCACCCCCAGGCAGCAGACCCAACAUACCUCCUCUCUCUGUGCCAGGGAAACCAGGAGCACCGGGCACAUUCACAGAGAUCCCAGCCACAAAUGUCCGCCGUGUGAUUGCUCAAAGACUAACGCAAUCGAAGACCACCAUCCCCCAUGCGUACGCCUCAGUUGACUGUGACAUGGCUGCCGUCAUGCAUCUCCGCAAAGACUUGGCCAAAGAACAGAUCAAAGUGUCAGUUAAUGAUUUCAUUAUCAAGGCAGCUGCUGUUACACUCAAAGAGAUGCCAGAAGUGAAUGUGACCUGGUCUGGUGAUGGACCCCGCGCACUUGAUUCAAUCCACAUUUCAAUCGCAGUGGCGACUGACAAAGGCCUCAUUACCCCCAUCAUCAAGGACGCUGCAAACAAAGGAGUCCAGGAGAUCUCAGCUAAUGCUAAGGCACUCGCCCAGAAAGCUCGAGAUGGGAAACUUCUACCUGAGGAGUACCAGGGAGGCUCAUUCAGUAUAUCUAAUUUGGGGAUGUUCAGUGUCAGUGGCUUCAGCGCUGUGAUCAACCCUCCUCAGGCGUGUAUCCUUGCCAUCGGGACCUCCAGGCCCGAGCUGCGACUGUGCGAGGAUGAAAAGACCCUGCAAACCCAUCAACUGAUGACAGUUACACUGUCCAGUGACGGACGGCUAGUGGAUGAUGAGUUAGCCUCACGAUUUCUAGAUAAAUUCCGCAGCAACCUAGAAAAACCGCAACGCAUGGCCCUAGCCUGUUAAAACAAAGUGAGAUAGCUGAAU